AUGCUUGUGAUCAUUUCCAGAGGUAACACCACAGUAUGUGGAGAGUUUAACUUCGUGGCUGACCCUGAGGCUGCCUACGUUGUGUUGGACCGCUACACCUGUCCCACCUACAUCGCUCCCUGGGAGUUCACCUGCAGAAUGAGCCUGCCGUGGUGUUUCUUUGACCAGUGGCUGGCCCAAGACACUGAGAAGGCAGCCUUUAUGAAAAAGAUUUCGGCCCUAUCCUUCAAGAGAGCUCAGUCAGAGAACUAUCAAAAGAUCAUAGCCUAUGAUUUCAACCCCUGCGACACCUACGCCACGGCUGCCGCCAUCGAUGACACUCUCAUAACAGAGAGUGAAGAGGUUGCAGUGUCCGUGGAGUUGGAGGGGACCUACACCCAAGGCAUGAUGGUGCUGGACUACAUGGGGCUGCUGAAAAAGAAACACAAGGCCUUUAUCAUGAAGAAAAUUGACUUGGAGAAGUUCAAGCAAAUGUUGAUGAAUUCACUGAAGUAGAAAGAUAUUUUAACAAGCGAGAGCCAUGAAUUUUGUUCUCUAAAAUAUGAUUUUCUUCGAUUUUUUUCGUUCAUUUUUCAGCAUUUGUAAUGGUUUUAUCAUUUUGUCUACAACUUGACAGGUGCAUUAAGAAGAGUUAUUUCAUUUACCAUAAAGGGUUUGAUUUAUUUGGUAACAUGUCCAUGUGAGGAAAGGGAACUUAAAGGAAGGAGGGAUAGUGCAACAUAAAAAUAAUAUACAAUGUAAAAAUGAGACCUUUCCAGCUCUAGCACAUUUGAAUGCUCAAAACAUUUGGUGAAUAAAGCAUGUAUACUAGAGAAAACUUCUGUCAUGUGGACUUACAGUGAAGCUCCCACCUCGUCUGAAGAGUCAAAACACUGUUAUGUAACUUAAAUAAAUCACAUUUUAUCCUUUAAA